GCAGAGGAAAGCCCCAGACAGAGAGAGUGGAGACCACAGAUUUAUAGAAAAUGCACAGAUCCAGCAUGGCUAAUCCUGUUCUUUCUCUUUUGGGCUGGUUUGGUGUUCAUCAUGGGCUAUUCUGUCAUAGCUGGAGCUGCAGGAAGACUGGUGUUUGGCUAUGACAGCUAUGGGAACGUGUGUGGCAAGAAGAACUCCCCCGUGGAAGGGGCCCCUCUUUCUGGACAGGACAUGACUAAGAGGAAGCAUGUAUUCUUUAUGAAUUCCUGUAAUCUGGAAAGCAAAGACCUCAAAAUCAAUUCUAUAGCCCUCUGCGUAUCCAGUUGUCCCGAAGAACAAUUAGACACUCUGGAAGACAUCCGACUUUUCGCCAAAAACAACGGUUCCUUCCUGUGUGUUUAUAACUUGAAUUCUGCCAACUAUACCCAAAAUCCAAGUGCUGCCUCAUUGUGUCCCAGGCUGCCCGUUCCCCCAAGCAAAUCUUUCCCCUUGUUCAAUCGCUGCAUCCCUCAAACCCCUGAGUGCUACUCCCUGUUCGCAUCUGUUUUGAUCAAUGAUGCGGACACCCUCCAUCGAAUCUUAAGUGGCAUCAUGUCGGGGAGAGACACCGUGUUCGGCCUCUGUAUCCUCGCAGUAGCCUUGUCUCUGACCAUGAUGUUCACCUUCCGAUUCAUCACCACCCUCCUGCUUCAUAUUUUCAUUUCCUUGGUUGUUUUGGGCCUCGUGUUUGUCUCUGGUGUGUUAUGGUGGCUUUAUUAUGACUAUAUCAAUGACCUCAGCAUCGAAUUGGACACCGAAAGGGAAAACAUGAAGUGUUUGCUGGGAUUUGCUAUUGUCUCCACAGUGAUCAUGGUGGUUCUGCUUAUAAUGAUUUUUGUUCUCAGAGAAAGGAUCCAGUUGACAGUAGAACUUUUCCAAGUAACGAGUAAAACUAUCAGCAAUUCCCCUCUCCUGUUCCUCCAGCCACUUUGGACAUUUAUAAUUCUCAUUUUCUUCUGGGUGCUGUGGGUUGCUGUCUUGCUGAGUUUAGGAACUGCAGGCACGGCACAAGCAACAGCAGGAGGACAGGUGGAAUAUAAAGUCCUUUCUGGCAUUCGAUACAUGUGGUGGUACCAUUUAGUCGGCCUUAUCUGGACUAGUGAAUUUAUCCUGGCCUGCCAACAAAUGACUAUAGCUGGGGCAGUGGUCACCUGCUAUUUCAACCGAAAUAAAAGUGACCCUCCUCGGCGCCCCAUCCUUUCAUCCCUGGUCACUCUUUUUAACUACCAUCAAGGAACGGUUGUAAAGGGGUCCUUUAUAAUCACCAUAGUGAGGAUUCCGAGAACUGUUUUCACAUACCUCUCUAACACCCUGAAAGAAAAGGAGGACAGUGCCUGUGCAAAGUACAUGCUCAAGUGCUGCUCAUGCUGUUUUUGGUGCCUGGACAAGUGCCUGAGCCAUCUAAACCAAAAUGCCUAUAUUGCCACUUCAAUCAAUGGGACAGAUUUUUGCACCUCUGCAAAGGAUUCCUUCCAUAUUUUAUCCAAGAAUCCAGGGCAUAUUGCCUCUAUUAGCUGCUUUGGAGACUUCAUGAUUUUUCUAGGAAAGGUGUUUGUGGUAUACUUCACAGUUUUUGGAGGACUAAUGGCCUUUAACUACCAUCGUGAGUUGCAAGUAUGGGCAAUUCCUUUGUUAUUGGUGGCUUUUUUUGCCUAUUUAGUAGCCCACAAUUUCCUAUCAGUGUUUGAAACUGUGCUGGAUGCCUUGCUUCUGUGCUUUGCCAUUGACAUGGAAACAAAUGAUGGAUCACCAGAGAAGCCCUACUUUAUGGAUCAAGAAUUAAUGAACUUUGUGAACAGAAGCAACAAAUUAAUUGAUUCAAGGAUACGAAGAAACAGAGAGUCGCUAAAGAAUGAAGAUGGAACAGAACUCCAGCCCAUUGUGAGAUAGGAGACAUUUCCCUACUGUCUGGUAUCAGCGCUUCUUUUGGAAGCACAUUAUUGCCUUCAGCCCUCAUCGUGUCUU